GUAAUUUUUCGAGGCCAAACGGGGCUAUAAAUCCAGGUAUUGUGUGGAUCGCAAUGGCCAUGAGUUCCUCCAUCAUCGUUGCCAUCGCCGUCUGAUGGUUGGGCUGAGGGCAGAGGUGAAAUGACAGACUCCUUUAAUGUUACAUCAACACCGACCCAAUCACCCAUAAGAACACCGCCGGUUCCCACUCGAAGUUCUCCGCGUGGGAAGACGGUGAAAUCUCUAGCGGAGCCUCUAUCCAGAGCCGCAAAGAUCAAAUGGACUACUGCUAUGGAUUAGAUUCUGUUCGACACAUUUAUCGAACAGGUUGCAUUAGGGCGUAGAGCUGAUAAUGGUUUCAAGCGUGAGGUAUACCAAAUUGCUGCUGAAGAAGUUACUAAGCAUACUGACGUAGCCGUCCAGUGGCAAAACGUGUCGAAUCGGUUGAGAUAUUAUAAAAGAGAGUAUAAUGCAGUGAAAGACAUGCUAGCAGCGAGUGGGUUUGGUUGGGACAAUGAGAGGAUGGUGGUCACGGCUCUAGAUGAAGUCUGGGAGGAGUAUCUUAGGGUAAGUUUUACUGAUUUUUAAAAUCCCAUCAUACAUCUCUAUGUAGUUUUAGCCCUUAAUUACAACUGACUUAUUCAUAUGGCAGUCUCACCCACGUGCCGAACGACUCUGAGGGAAACGCAUCAAAAGGAUGGAUGACCUUGCAGUAAUUUGCGGAUCUGACCAGGCCACCGGACGCUAUGUGCAAGGCAGUAGGAGUAUGGCUGCAUCAGCAUCAUCUUCUCGUCUUCAGCGAGAUCUUAAUGAAGAAUGGAGAGAGGUUGAUGAUAUGGAUGAUACUAUUGACUUAUCAGAGGAUUAUGUAACAGACUCUACAGGGACCAUUCCAUUACCAUCAAACAGUCCUGUGAUGGGACAUCAUGAUUCCCGCAGUACUCCCACUCACACUUCUGAUUUUGAUGUUAACCGAGGAGGGACAGGUACACGAAAACGUUCGCGCCCUCCUCGUCCCUGUGAUGUACUGGGGACCUCUGUGCAGUCCUUAGCCGACUCAAUGAUGAAAUUUGGGCUUGGCGAAGAGGUCAAUCGCACAAGCAAGGUUCUUGAUGUGUUAGAAGAGGUGAAAGGCCUGACCAGCUCUAAAUUUCUUGAAGUUGGUCGGAUCCUGAGUAAGGACAAGUCACUUGCGUAGUUCUUUGUCAGUCUUCGACCCGAGCGCCGAAUGGAGUGGUUAAAGAAAACACUCCGUGAUCACUUUGGUGAUGGAGGUGUUGGACCUGUCUGACAUUGAAUGAAUGGUUGUCUUAAUCUGUUUUUAAAAUUGGGCAUGUAAUAACUUUCUACUGUUGGUGUGUUUGGUU